CUCAGUGUUGAUCUGAAGAUUUCUCAUGAAGUUAUUGAUUUGAACGCAUGGUGGCGGUGUAGGCUAAGAGAAUGAGUAAGAACCCUUGAGAAUCCUCAGGCACCAAUUCACCUAGAAGCUGACGCAAAAAUACAGGAACCAUUUACUGCUGCAGCUAGGGAUUCCGGGGAAGAGGAGUCACUGAGAAUCUGUAAGAUCAAAUCUACAAUUCCACAGCAAAGGUUUUCGGGAAGGCCAAAGUUACCUCAGUGCGUAAGAGCUGGAAGAGAUUUUUCCUCUGGGAUCAGCCAAUAGAGAUGUCACACACAGAAGUGUGGUGCAAGACAAGGCAAGUGAUGAUUUUGAUUACAUUCAUGCUUUUGUGGGAGGUGGGCUCAGAAUCAAUUCAGUAUGCCAUGCUGGAGGAGACAGGACGUGGCACAUUUGUGGCCAACCUGACUAAGGACUUGGGACUAAGGGUGGGAGAACUGGCUGCUCGGGAGGCUAGAGUGGUUUUCAAGGGGAACAGACAGUAUUUACAGCUUGACCCACAGACCCAGGAUUUGGUACUAAAUGAAAACCUGGACCGGGAAGAGCUGUGUGGCUCCACAGAACCUUGUGUGCUGUCUUUCCGGGUGUUACUAAAAAAUCCUUUGCAGUUUUAUCAAGCUGAACUGAGAGUUAUAGAUAUAAAUGACCAUGCCCCAGAGUUUCCUGCCAAAGAAAUGCUCCUUAAGAUAUCAGAAAUAACUCCACCUGGAAAGAUAUUCCCUUUGAAAAUGGCACAGGACUUGGAUGUGGGCAGCCACAGCAUUCAAAGCUACACUGUCAAUGAUAACCCUCACUUCCACGUGCUCACUCGAAACCGCAGCGAUGGCAGGAAGUUCCCUGAGCUAGUGUUGAACAAGGCGUUGGACCGUGAGGAGCAAGACCAGCUCAGACUAAAGCUCACUGCAGUGGAUGGUGGGUCUCCGCCCAGGUUUGGGACCACAGAGAUUCAAAUACUGGUCUUAGACAUAAAUGACAAUGCGCCAGAAUUUGCUCAGGAGCUCUAUGAGGUUCAAGUCCCUGAGAACAACCCUGUUGGCUCACUGCUUAUUACUGUCUCAGCAAGAGAUUUGGACACAGGAUCCUUCGGGGAAGUGUCCUAUGGACUGUCUCAAGAUGAUGGCCUUAAUGAGCCUUUUGAAAUAAACACUAAGACAGGAGAAGUUCGACUGAAAAGCAUGUUGGAUUUUGAAGCAUUUCCAUUUUACCAUGUGGAUGUCGAGGCCCUAGAUGGUGGUGGGCUAACAGGAAAAUGCUCUUUAGUCGUCCAAGUAUUGGACAUGAAUGACAAUGCUCCGGAAGUGAUCUUAUCCUCACUCAACAGCCCCAUCCCUGAAAAUUUGCCAGGUAUCAUAGUGGCAGUAUUCAGCGUUUCAGAUGCAGACUCAGGAAGUAACCAGCAGGUUAUGUGUUCCAUAGAUGACAAUCUUCCAUUUCUUCUAAGACCAUCUAUGGAGAAUUUCUAUACUCUGGAAACAGAUGGGGCACUAGACAGAGAGAGCAGAGCUGAGUACAACAUCACCAUCACAGUCACUGACAUGGGCACACCCAGGCUCACAACCCAGCACACCAUAACAGUGCAGGUGUCUGACAUCAACGACAAUGCCCCCACCUUCACCCAAACCUCCUACACCCUGUUCGUCCAUGAGAACAACAGCCCUGCCCUGCACAUAGGCACCAUUAGUGCCACAGACUCAGACUCAGGCACCAAUGCCCACAUCACCUACUCACUGCUGCCGCGUAACGACCCGCAUCUGGCCCUCUCCUCGCUGGUCUCCAUAAAUGCAGACAAUGGGCAACUGUUUGCUCUCAGGGCACUGGACUAUGAGUCCCUGAAGGCCUUCGAGUUCCAAGUGAACGCCACAGACCAAGGCUCUCCUGCACUCCACAGCCAAGCGCUGGUUCGCGUGGUGGUGCUCGACGACAAUGACAAUGCACCCUUUGUGCUCUACCCUCUGCAGAAUGCCUCUGUGCCCUGCACAGAGCUGCUGCCCAGGGUGGCUGAGCCUGGCUACCUGGUCACUAAGGUGGUCGCUGUAGAUCGCGACUCAGGCCAGAAUGCCUGGCUGUCAUUCCAGUUGCUCAAGGCCACCGAACCUGGACUAUUCAGUGUGUGGGCGCACAAUGGCGAGGUACGCACCACUAGGCUAUUGAGUGAGCGUGACGUGUCCAAGCACAGGCUGCUGCUGCUGGUCAAGGACAAUGGCAACCCUCCGCGCUCUGCCAGCACCACGCUGCAUGUGUUGCUGGUAGAUGGCUUCUCUCAGCCCUACCUACCUCUCCCCGAGGUAGCGCAGGACUCCACGAAGGAUGUUGAAGAUACGCUCACCCUGUACCUGGUUAUCGCCUUAGCAUCUGUGUCUUCGCUCUUCCUCUUUUCUGUGGUGCUGUUCGUGGUGGUGAGGCUGUGCAGGAGGGUCAGGGCGGCCUCUCUGAAUGGCUACUCUAUGCCUGAGGGACACUUUCCUGGCCAUCUGGUGGAUGUCAGCGGCUCUGGGACUCUUUCCCAGAGCUACCAGUAUGAGGUGUGUCUGAGGGGAGACACUGGGACUGGUGAGUUCAAAUUGCGUAAGGCAAUUAACCCACACUUUCCUUCUGUGGAACCUGAGAGGAACACAGAGCAAAGUCCUACUCUUCGGAAUAGCUUCCUAUUCAUCUAAAUACUUUAGUGUACUAGUAAAUUCUGCUUAAGCUUAGAAAUACCUUUUAACCUAUACCUGCAUGCUAUUGAUGUGUAUUAGCAGAAGCUUAUGUCCUUACUUUUUGGAAUAGUGCCUGGAAAUGGAAUCCAGUGUCUCAUGCAUGUUAAGCAAAAUAAACUACUGAGCUAAAUCAAUUCUCCUUUCUUUCCUUUUCUAUUUUGGUUUUCAGAGACAGGGAUCUCCUAUUUCUUUUUUCUUUUUCUUGUUUAUUUAUAUUCUGAAUGUUGCCCCCUUCCUGGUACACCCUCCAAGAGUUCUUCACCCCAUCCCCCCUCUCCUUUGCCUCUGAGAGGGUGAUCCCCCACCCAUCCACCCACUCACCUCCAGCUCACCUCCCCCUCACAUCUCCUUUCUCUGGGGCAUCAAGGGAGACAGGUUUUUCAAUGUAACCCUGGCUAUCCUGGAACUCAUUCUGUAGAUCCACUGCCUCUCUCUUGUGAGUGGUGGAAGUAAAAGGGUGUGCCAUUGUGUAGCCUGGGAUGGUCUGAAACUUAUUAAAUUGACCUGGCUGCCUUGGAACUCAGAGAGACCUACCUGCAUCUGUCACCUUAGUACUGUGACUAAAGGCUUUUCCAUCAUGCUUGGCCUGGCCUGUACCAUUGCUAUUAUUUUUGAGAUUGUACUUUUUAGAAAGACAGUUUCUGGAGAUUCCACUUGUUCUCUAUUAUGCUUCAUAGUUUGUUUUUUAAUUAGUAGCACUAACCUGUAUCUGACAAGUUAAGUAAAAUAUUUUAAUAGAAUAUGAAAUCAUGCAAUCUUUUAAGUAUAUUACAUGUAAAGCCUUUGAGAUUUCAUUUUAAACAAGUGAUUAAUUUUACUAUUGGUUUGGAGAAAAUUUUAAAUGUAAAUACUUGGUAUUACUGAACGUUUUAGUCUCGUGUUGGUUAUCAGGUGCAUCUCUAAAUGUAAGGAACUCUAAACACUAAGACACUUACCCUAUGUAUGCAUAACUAGGAAUGUCUCUGUGCAUUUUAAUAAUCAACACAUAUUACUUAAGUGUAGAUUUUACUGAACUGUCAAUUCAUUUUAAAUUAUAGUUUGUGAGCGUUGUGUAAGGAGAGUAUGGUCUUUUAGCAUCAAGAUAUUUGUAAAAGUUGAAUAAAUCUUUGCUUUUUGUUACCAGUCA